ACGUUAGGCCCUACAAACCUUUGUCCCGCCUCCUUGAAUAUGAUCGGUUCUCCCUCACCCACCUGUGGAAACUGGCAUGCCGUCUGCCGACCGGUGGCGUUCUGUUUGUUGCUUAGAUUCUUGAGAGUUCUCUGAAACCCGCAGUUCCGGGUUUUCGCUCCAUCACUGUUUUCUGGGCAGCGUUGUUUUGGAGGCUAGCUGAGCUGUCACAGUGCUCUGUCAAUAAUGGCUUUACUGUUAGAGCACCAGUUCAGACAGCUUCCAGCUGACAAGCAAGUGGAAACUCGGCCGUUUUUGGAAUCAGUGUCAUAUCUUCCGCCAUUCUUUGACCUCCUUGGCUCCACAGUGUUUGCGCCAAUCAAGGCUGAUAUUGCUGGCAACAUCACAAAAAUUAAAGCUGUGUACGACAGCAACCCAAGCAGAUACAAAACACUACAGCACAUUCUAGAUGCAGAGAAGGAGAUGCAUGGAUCUGAGUGGCCCAAAGUAGGAGCCACUCUAGCCCUCAUGUGGCUCAAAAGGGGUCUCCGGUUCAUCCAAGUUCUCCUGCAGAGUUUGGUAGAUGGGGAGAAAGACGAAAACUACCCUAACCUCAUCCGCGUCAAUGCCACCAAAGCCUAUGAGAUUGCCUUGAAGAAGUACCAUGGUUGGUUUGUUCAAAAGCUCUUCAAGGCAGCGCUGUAUGCUGCUCCCUACAAGUCAGACUUCUUGAGGGCUCUUUCAAAAGGCCGGGAAGUCAAAGAGGACGACUGCUUGGAGAAGGUGCGCCAGUUCCUGGCCAACUUCACUGCCACAGUGGACGCCAUUUAUGAGAUGUACUCGAAGAUGAAUGCUGAGCUGGAUUACACGGUGUGACUGCUGCUUUCUCCACCAGUCCCCCCCAUCUCUCUUUUUCUCUUUCUCUGAUGCACAACACCAUCUGGCCUUACAUAUCAAAUCAUGCUUUCAGUUUGCUCUGAAGACUGAUAUCUCUCAGUAUAGCUGUUUUUAUUCAUUAUUUUUAGUAUUAAUGAUAUUGGUGAGUGUGUUUGUGUGUUUAUGUGUCUGUGUGUGACAGUGUGUAUGGGGUACGCAAAAUAUCUGUGUGCCUCGCAGAACUUAUAGUGCCUUAAGAAAGUUUAUCUUACUUUAUAUUUCACACUAAACACCAACGCCGCACACAGGUUUUAGCUCUUUUAAUGGUGAUGAGAAUGGGAUAAAUACACACUAUGAGAUUAUCUGAGCAACACUUCAAAACCACAUUUUAUAAUAAUAGGCUUAUCGUGCUUGAAAUAAUUAUGGCAAUCAUAAAGAGAGUCCUAAUACAGUUUGCUUUUCCAUAUCACAAUAUAAUAGAGCUGGCUUUUCUCCCAUUACAUGUUAUAAUGGCUGAGUUUAGCAACUAUUUCAGGGAAUGACAAAUGUUCUAUCACAACUCCACAUCACACCAAAAAUAACCUGCAUUUCUGAAAUCUUUUAAAUGUUUGAGAAGUUUAUUCACUUUAUUUAUUGUAUCUAAUAUAUUUUCGUUAUUAAGUAAAUUAAUGUAUGCUUCCAUAUUAUCAGUAAACACUUUUCCAAGUAUCCAAAGAAACCAUCCAAAGGACAUAGUUUAAUAUUGCACUGCACUAAAUGCAAAUAACUACACUCGACUUUAUCAGCAAAUAUUUAUUUCCAUUUAUUCUAAUAAAAAGUGGAUUGCAAUACAUUUCAUGAUAAAUUAUAUUAUAAUGAUGGUGAUAAACAUCAUUAAACAUACUAUUUAUACUAUACUAUUACUAUAUUAAUACUACUUAAAGCUUCAUUUAUGGUGUAGUCCAUAUACAACCAAAAGGAAGAAAUAUCAGCUUUAACUGAAGAACACUUCAUAUGACUUAACAUCCAACUGCAAGAAAUCAAAGGUAGACAUUUAAGAGUAAUAGUGUUAUUAGUAUUGGGAUUUUGUAUUCUGAGUCUGAUUUUGCUGUUUGUUUCUCAGAUUCUAUCUCAUAUACAGUAACAUAUUCUGAAGUUAGUUCAUUUGAAAUCCAUUAAUUGUUCAAUGCAAAAUUAAGCUAGUCAACACUAAAGGGUUGUUACACAAGGGAUGUGAUUUUUUUUUCUAUGGGGAAGCAUGGUGAGCAAAAUGCUUUACUAAUAUAAUAACCUGGAUAUAACAGAACACAGACCAGGUUUGUUUCUCAAGACAUUUAGUGCUCUAACUAUUUGAUUUCAUUAACUGGAAUACAUAUAAUCAGAAACAUCAUUUCGGGAAACAAAUUGUUCGGGAUUUCACAAUUUUGGGAAAACACAGCCAUUGCCAUCUGAAAUAAUGCAGCAGCAGAUGUGUAUCUCAACUGAAGUUGCUGAGGAUGAAUUUAUAUCAAGUAAAAACUACCUGUGCCUUAGUCAAGAAAAAAGUGAUUUGUUUGUACAAGUAAUAAGUGUACAUACUGCGGUUUAGAGGCCAUUUUUCAGAUUUUGGCUUUGGUAUUUACAUUCUAUUCGUUUAUUUAGGUUCUCUUCAGUGGCCUUAUCUUCACAGACAAAACCCCAGAACGUGUUGUGUGGCCUAAGUUAGUAUUAGCAAGUGAAAAGAAACGUUAGAUAUUUAUUAUUAUCACUUAUUUCCUGACAGAAUGUUACUUCCCCCAGUCCUGAACUAAUUCACAGAAGUACGUGAUGGAAGUAAAUUAUUUUGGGCAGAUUUCUGAGAAUUUAAAAAAUCCUAAUAUAAUGCUUACAGUAGAAUCAUUAUGUUUUCAGAUCUGCUUCAUCACACAGUGGUUGAAUAGUCAUUAGAUAAUAUCCUCAUGGCACUUCAGUAUGCUGGCAGUUAUGUCUCUAUGUAAUGUAAAUGUAAAUCAGGUUUCUAGGCCAAGUAUACUGACUUAUACAAGGAAUUUGGUCUCUGCAUUUAUCCCAUCAGUGAAUUAGUGAAACACACA